UCAAAAAUCAUUAUCCUCAAAUCCGGACAGCACCUAAUAAAUUCCCUUUUUAUCUCGAAGAGUAGUCCAGACCCUAUUUUAUGGAUGUUGUAGUGAUCCAACAUCUCAUAGCUUUCUCUCUCUAACUUGUUUCUCUCUCUAUAUAUCUCAAUCUCUCUCCCCCAACAACAACAACAACAACAACAAACCAAAAUUUCAAUCGAAAUCCAAACACCCAAUAAACCCUAUCAGUCUCCGACUCCAUUAUCGAUCCUCCAAUCCCGAAACCCUAGACUUCUUCUCUCGGAUCAUAUAAACAAUCUCUCUGUGUCUACAGUGUAUUCGGAUCGUUGUUUAAUCGGAUUUUGAGACCCGAGAGGCGACCAUGACGAGGCGGUGCUCGCAUUGCAGUCACAAUGGUCACAACUCACGGACCUGUCCCAACCGUGGAGUCAAGCUCUUUGGGGUCCGAUUGACCGAUGGAUCGAUCCGAAAGAGUCCCAGUAUGGGUAACUUGGAUCGGGCAAUCCGAAAGAGUGCCAGUAUGGGUAACUUGACCCAUUACACAGGUUCCAGUAUCGGUACCCUUCAAAACGGCGGCGCCGAUAACAUUCACGACUCCCCCGACGACACGCCGGAUCACGGCGUUGCCGCAGACGGCUAUGCAUCGGAGGAUUUUGUCCCUGGUUCUUCGUCCAGCAGAGAAAGAAAGAAAGGUGUUCCAUGGACCGAAGAGGAACAUAGGAUGUUUCUACGUGGCUUGCAAAUGCUUGGCAAAGGUGAUUGGCGAGGAAUUGCACGCAAUUAUGUGAUAUCAAGAACUCCCACACAGGUGGCCAGCCAUGCCCAGAAAUAUUUUAUCAGGCAAACCAACAUGUCUAGAAGGAAAAGACGAUCUAGCCUGUUUGAUAUUGUAACAGAUGAAUCAGUCGACACACCAAUGGAGUUGCCAGAUUUCUUUGCCAUUAAUCCUCCACAAGCUGAGACACAACGCAAGAAUGCUUUUCCUAUGCCUCCUGAUUUGAAUGAAGAAUGUGAAUCAAUGGAUUCUGUGAACUCCAAUGAUGGGGAACCUGUCCUUCCAAAGCCAGAUAGCUCGCAAUGCUGUUACCCAGUUGUAUAUCCUGCUUACAUCUCUCCUGUUCUGCCAUUCUCUUUCCCAUUUUGGUCAGGAUACGGUAUGGAGCCAGCUAAAAAGGAAACUCAUGAGGUUCUAAAGCCAACACCAACGCAUUCAAAGAGCCCAAUUAAUGUAGAUGAGUUGGUUGGCAUGUCAAAAUUGAGCUUGGGGGAAUCUGCUGGCGAGAAAGGGUCCUCUCCUCUCUCUUUGAAACUGCUUGAAGGAACCACUAGGCAGUCUGCUUUCCAUUCUACUGCCUCUAGCAGUUCAGGCAUGAACUCGAGCAACAGUCCUAUCCAUGCAGUUUAAAAGUCAAAGUGCUGCCUAGAUGUUUAGGAUAGCUUAGUGUUGGUAAGCUCUAGAUAUUUUCUGUUAAUACAUGAAAAUAAUGCGCAGUCUGGUUGGAGUCCAGUAAUAGUUUUCUUUUGUUACCUACUUACUGAAAGAAAAUGUCAGUUCUUACCUUGUAAGUUGUUGCAACUUUUGUGAGAAAUUAAUUAAAUCUUUUAACAUUUUGUGCCAA